GGAUCGAGAGACGAACGUUUGGGAAACAUUGCGCGUCAUGUCCUGUCGAAAAGCUUUGGUAUCAAUGAGACAAGGGAGAUGAAAUACCAACCUUUGGUUACGAUAAAAGACUUCCAUACCUACAUAUUUUCAGUUAGUAUGAGUAAUAGAAGGACUGAACGGCGACAUUACUCGUCGAGUAAAUCGUAGACAUGCAGCCAUGGUCACAAAUACUUUGCCGGAGGUUCGGGGCCGAGCGGAAGUUAUGGUGAAUGGUUGAUCGGGCUCGUUCGGCCGACUUCAGCCUACUUCGCCCACACCGAUGAAUUCACUCCGGCGACGUAUAACUAGGCCAUUCCGCGAUGACGACGACGACGGUGACGAUUAUGUUCUUGAUCAACAAGAGCAAGAGGAGCUGAUCAGCAAAUUGCGUGCUGAGAAUGCCCAAUCCGAUAUACAAGCUGUCCGUGUCAUUCAAGUCAUCGUCGUUCUGUCAGCUAUCACCCACAUUUUCUUCCUCUUCACGACCGCUCCGGCACUCACUGUCCUGGUUCUGCUGAUACACGUGAACCUGUUAUUGCACAUUCACCACGCCGCUCAAGUUUCUUACCAGCUGACGUACGCUCUAUCUUUGGUUGCACCGACGCUUUGUCUUUUCUUGGGAUCACCGGUAGCAUGGUGGUGCCUCACGCCUGCGGUUGUGUUCGUCGUUCAGAGCAUCCAAGAUGGUAUAGAUCGAGGAACGGAAAGCAUCGUGGCCCUGGAGUCUAUGAAAUACCAUGCACUUAGCGCGUAGGCAUAGCUAUCAGUGUGGGACAUGGUAGUUGUGGGUAUCUCCAAAACUGUCCAACGAUCUGGAUUCGUCAGGCCCUGUGGUCCUCCAU